AUGUUACCCGAGGGGUUUGUGGCCAAGAAGGAUGCCGUGAACGACGUUACUUUCUCGAAAAUGGUCUUUGGUUCUGUCGACGCGGCCAUCAACAAGAGGUACAAGCCUGCCCUAGGUCGGCAAGUUGCUGAAGAUCCAGAUGAUUUCGGGAAUCAGGGAAAGAAACAUCGAGUGAAGAAGGAUAAAGCAGAGAGGGCCAGCAAGACUGUACACGGUCGCCAAGCACAAACGAUAUUUCUUCAGGCGUAUCAACUUAUUCUCUGGAAACAAUGUCAUAUUUUGGUCCACGACCAUGGAUUUCCGGAGCAGUUCGAGGGUGUCGUGCGCGAUCUCUGGGCUUUGCGGCUUCGACGCUAUUCGUUAAGGAUCAAUCAACUCACUGAUAAUUAUGAUGAUGGCGAUGGACCUGAGCUCUUUAGCUCCCAGGCCUCUCUAUCAGAGGAUUCAUCUGAUGGAGCGAGCUUAAAGGCUGACUCGAGACUUGUGGUAUGGCCUCGAAUUCUUGAUACCGUAGCUACUUGCUAUCUUGCAGCUAUUUUAAUGCGACUUCCUGUCUGUGUCAGUGAUUUUCAUCGCUUAAUUAUCCUUCAGGAUAUUCCUUAUAUACGGGCUCUAAGAAACGUCCCUCGUGACAUGAAGGAGAGACUUCCUCCGGAGUUUAUCGAAAUCCUUGAAGUAAACAAAUUGCCUCAAAUAGAGCAUCUUCAUCGUGGGUUCAGAGAUCUACUGAUAUACUAUCAGCGUCAGUUCGAUAUUGCACUCCCGGCUUUAAACUCGCCUAUUAUUUUAUACCGCUACAUUAAGAGACUAGCGAUUCCUGUCGAUGUUUAUGAGGUCAUUAAAACGCUGCAGGGUCUUCUUGGAUUCAAUUUCACAUGGCCCCGGAUUUCAAACUCCAAAACACGAAAGAAAGUGCUUGAUCUGCCUGACGUGCAGAUGAUGGUUCUCGUUGUUAUUGCUACCAAGAUACUCUUUCCAUUUGAUCGUCUGGAAAGAUACCCAGUGACUUCCAAAGAACCAGCCUCUCAAGCUAUGGACUGGUCUCGAUGGAUGGACUCGCAGAAGCAUUUCGAUUCCCCUGAUCCUGAUGUUUGCAGUACGGGAAAGGAUAAAUUGAUACAGGUGGUAGAUACAGACGUUUUUCAAAUGGCUCCCAAUCAACUGGACCAGUACAUGGACUGGUAUGAAAAGAGUUGGCUGAAUCCCUCGGAAAAGAGUAAUCCAAUUGCCAAUAUGUUCCCCAUAUCUCGUGCAGAGACUGCGGCUGGGGCGAAUUCGGAUCCUGCUUCGGCUUCAAGUACCUCCAACGACAGAAAUCCCGAAGAGGCACUCAAUGAAUUGCUGCUUUCUGUCAUGCAAGACUUGUCACCACUACCAGUCAUACCAAACCAAGAAGAAGUGGACUGUGGUAGACCGGGUCAAUGGUACAAACGAUAUCGGUGGGAAUCUUCCCUUCCCGAAACAGCACGAGCGUUUUAUGAGCUCGCUGCUCAAAUUUGUGGCAUUUCAUUGAAGAUGUUUGUUCGUGCCGUUAUGGUGGCCGAGUGGAGACUGUGGCAUUGGCAGGAAGGUCAGCGACGCGAGGAAUACAUGGCGAACGAAAUGGAAUAUCACUCAGAUGGCACUGAAGAGCAUCUUGACGAUGAAAUUGAGGAUCUCGAUGAACAAUUAGAUGAGCUGGGCAUGGAGGACUGA